AUGAGCGAGAUUUUAGUACGGGAGGAUAAGGUUGCGGUUAUGAAGGCAUUUACAGAGGGAUACUUGAAUGAGAGUAGAUGCUUGCCCAUUUAUGAGAUUGUUUUCCAGUAUUCCAAGAAUGCAGCAUAUGAAGGAAGAUCGAAAGCAUGCUUGAAGAUGAUUGUGGAGGCAAUUGGAUGUUUUAUAGAUAAUACAUCAAGGAAGUUAUGCAAUGCUAAUUGUGAAGAGGUAUCAUUGGAGCUUUGUAGAAUUGAUCGGCACCUUAAGAAAACAGAGAAGUUGUUUGAAAGAGUCUUCUGGUCUGUGGCGUUGGGUCGAAGCAUGUUUUUCCGCAGGAUGUUCGGAAGGCAGUUCAAUCGGUUUGUAAAAGAUAUGAGCGAGAGAAUUGCAGAGUUUGUAAUGUUAUGCAUUGGAAAUGAGAUAAGUGAAAAGGCAACUGCAGGAUAUGAUGGAGAAGCGAAUUUAAGCUUCAAAAAGCAGAAGCUUAAUUCUGGAGAUGCAGGAAAGAUUGAAAAAGACAGUUAUGUAUGGUAUUUACAUGAUAAUGAUGGUGAUGAAGAGAUAUAUGAAUCAAAUAAAAAGAUAGAGAAGGUAAUAGAUGUUUUGAAAGCCAGAGGAUGCUUUAAUAUGUUUACGGAAAGGAUUGUUAGACAUGUAUCUGAUAUGUAUAAGAGAAUGAUAUUUGAGAAAGAAAUGAAGCUGUCUAAAGUAAGGAAAUUUAUUGAUAAUCAAAGAAAAUGGAAAUAUAUUACGGAAUGUUUUUAUGAAAUUGAAUUAGAAUUGGUGAAAGAGUUGGUAUCGAAGAUAUCUGCUUGCGAGAUAUUCAAUACGCUUGAUGAUGAAAACGAGAUGCGGUGUUGUGUGGAUUUUUUUGUUAUAUCUGGAGAAGAAGCAAGACUUGUUGAUGCGGUUAGCAAUUAUUGCAAUGAGAAGAUGAACGUGGUCUGUGCUGAUGAUUUUGUUGAAAGCUAUUAUUGGAUAUGCACCAAGCUUAAGGUUAUUGAGAAUUACAAAGGCAGUAACGAAAGCAUUAUUCAAGGAAUCAGGAAUUGCAAAAGAAUGCUUGUUAAUCGCAACUUUAGGAAUACUGUUAAUGGAAUAUGUAGAUGGACCAAUAACAUGAUGAAAAAAGUGUGGAUUGAGUGUGAGAAUGUAGAAGAAUGCCUUGGAUUGAUGUUUCCUGAAUGCAAGCAUGUAUGGAAGAUAAGUAUUAGGUGCUCUGUUGACGAUGUGUGUGUUUAUGACGGCUUAAAUCAAGGGAAAUCAGUUCUUGAGUGUGUACUAAAUGAUGUUUUUCUAGAGAUUGGUGAAGUGCUUCAACUUUGUGAAUGCAAGAAGGAGCUUGAGAGCUCUUUACGUAAGUUUCUUGGUGAUAGACUGUUAUAUGGAACAGAUGUGAAUAUAAACAAGGAGCACAUGCUUAUCGAUGCGAUUGGAGCUGGUACAGGAAGCAUGUAUACAGAUAAGAUGAAGUGUAUGCUGAAAGAUUUUUAUGGAACUGAGAAGUUUUAUCAGAAUGACAUUUUACUCCUGCGUGCAUGUAAAUGGCCAGACUAUGAAAGUUUUGAUUUGGAUAUAUAUGAAGUGAAUGAAGUUAAGGAGAAGUAUAUGCAGGAGGUGGUGAGGGGAGCGAAGAAAAGGAUAUGCUGGAAUGAUCUGCUGUCUUCAUGUGAUGUUGAAAUUCUUGGAGUGAAUGCCAAGAUUUCUUUAAUACAAUAUAUGAUUAUCAGACUACUAGCGGAUACAAGCAAACGAUCUGAUGGAUUAAAAAUCUCUAAAGCAUGGAAGAGCCAUAUGGAGCAACUGAUAGAGACUGGACUUGUUUGUGUUGAUGGCCUAAGCUAUGCAUUGAAUUUUGAUUGGCAAUGCAAAUUUGAUUUUGUUUCUCUUGUUCCUGAGAAAUGCCUACUGAAGGGAUUUAUAGAAUUUCCAAAGACUAUUGAAAUGCCUGACUCGCUCAACGACAUUGCAGACUGUAGAAUAAUGAAGGAGAUGAAGGUCAGAAAAGAGAUGCUCAGAAAGGAGCUUAUAGAGCUGGUUUUACGAGAAAUACCGAGUAAUUUGGUUGAUGAACGAAUUGUAAGUUUAGCCAGUAGAGAAUUUCUAUGUAUUGAUGGGGAUAUGAUAAAGUAUAUACCGUGA